CUUCUUCCCCCCGUGGUCAUUUCGUCCCCACCCCGGCCCCCAGAUCUGCUCCGCCGCCACCGACACCUCCUCCUCCCCUUCCUCCGGCGAGCUCCUCGCCGGAGCAGGGCCACCACCGCCACUCCCAACCCCCGCCGCCGCCCAGAUCCGCCUAGAACCCAAACUCGAAGCCCCCGAUCCAGAUCCAAGGCCAGGCGAUGGCACGCCUCGGCGCGCUCCUCCUCGUCGCCGUCGCGGCGGCGGCGGCGCUGCUCUGCGCGCUGCCGGGCGCCCGGGGAUUCUACCUCCCGGGGAGCUACCCGCACAAGUACAACCCCGGUGAGCCGCUCAGCGUCAAGGUGAACUCCCUCACCUCCAUCGACACCGAGAUGCCCUUCAGCUACUACAGCCUCCCCUUCUGCGUCCCGCCGGAGGGCGUCAAGGACAGCGCCGAGAACCUCGGCGAGCUCCUCAUGGGCGACCGCAUCGAGAACUCGCCCUACCGCUUCAAGAUGUACACCAACGAGUCCGACGUCUUCCUCUGCCGCUCCGCCCCGCUCGCCCCCGACGCCUUCGCCCUGCUCAAGAAGCGCAUCGACGAGAUGUACCAGGUCAACCUCAUCCUCGACAACCUCCCCGCCAUCCGCUACACCAAGAAGGACGACUACUUCCUGCGCUGGACCGGGUACCCCGUCGGGAUCCGCGUCGGCGUCGACUACUACGUCUUCAACCACCUCCAGUUCACCGUCCUCGUUCACAAGUACGAGGACGCCAAUGUCGCGCGCGUCAUGGGCGCCGCCGACGCCACAGACGCCAUCCCCGCCGGGGGCAAGGACGGGGGCUCCUCCUCUGGCUGGAUGGUGGUCGGCUUCGAGGUCGUGCCGUGCAGCAUCAAGCACAACCCGGAGGACGUCAAGUCGACCAAGAUGUACGACCGCUACCCCAGCAAGAUCAAGUGCGACCCGACCACCGUGUCCAUGAGCAUCAAGGAGAACGAGCCCAUUGUCUACACUUAUGAGGUGUCCUUCGUCGAGAGCGACAUCAAGUGGCCGUCGAGGUGGGAUGCCUACCUCAAGAUGGAGGGGGCCAAGGUGCACUGGUUCUCCAUUCUCAACUCCCUGAUGGUGAUUGCCUUCCUUGCUGGUAUUGUGUUUGUCAUACUGUUGAGGACUGUGAGGCGUGAUCUGACCAAGUAUGAGGAGCUCGAUAGCGAGGCGCAGGCACAGAUGAAUGAGGAGCUGUCUGGGUGGAAGCUUGUGGUCAGUGAUGUAUUCCGUGCACCAAGCAACCCAAUGCUGCUCUGUGUCAUGGUUGGGGAUGGCGUUCAGAUCCUUGGGAUGGCGGUCGUGACCAUUCUGUUUGCUGCACUUGGUUUCAUGUCCCCUGCCUCGCGUGGUACCCUGAUCACAGGCAUGCUUUUCUUCUAUCUGGUCCUCGGAAUCCUGGCUGGAUAUGCUGGUGUUCGUGUAUGGAAGACGAUCAAGUGCGGGGAUCACUCUGGGUGGGUGGGUGUUUCGUGGCGGGUGGCCUGCUUCUUCCCCGGCAUUGCCUUCCUGAUCUUGACCACACUCAACUUCCUGCUGUGGGGAAGCCAAAGCACCGGUGCCAUCCCCUUCUCAUUGUUCGUUGUGCUGCUUCUGCUCUGGUUCUGCAUCUCUGUGCCGCUCACGCUUGUUGGUGGAUUCCUUGGUGCGAAGGCACCACACAUCGAGUACCCUGUCCGCACGAACCAGAUCCCCCGUGAGAUCCCUCCUCAGAGGUACCCAUCCUGGUUGUUGGUUCUUGGUGCUGGCACACUGCCCUUCGGCACCCUAUUCAUUGAGCUCUUCUUCAUCAUGUCGAGCAUAUGGAUGGGGCGUGUGUACUAUGUUUUCGGAUUCCUCUUCAUCGUCUUGCUGCUCCUGGUUAUUGUCUGCGCCGAGGUUUCACUGGUUCUUACUUACAUGCACCUGUGCGUUGAGGAUUGGAAGUGGUGGUGGAAAUCUUUCUUCUCAUCUGGAUCGGUGGCAAUAUACAUUUUCUUGUACUCGAUCAACUAUCUCGUUUUUGACCUCAAAAGCCUGAGUGGACCAGUGUCUGCGACCCUCUACAUUGGGUACUCACUCUUCAUGGUGAUUGCUAUUAUGCUGGCAACUGGAACGGUUGGGUUUAUUUCUUCAUUCUGCUUUGUCCACUAUCUUUUCUCAUCGGUGAAAGCAGACUGAGUUUAUUCCUACUGAGGAGUCAAUCACUCAAUUGAGAGGUGAGCAUAAUGGACAUUGAAAAGUUUGUAGUCACAAAAAUCUUAGUUCAUGUCAUCUUUUGGUAUACAGAGCCUGAAUAACUAUUGUAAUGAUUACUAGGGUUCAUCAAUGGAUUUUAUGAAGAGGUGCUAGCAGCAUGCACGAUGUAAUAGAAUGAAUUGCUUUAUUCACAUGUUGUGUUAUUUUAGUUGCUUAGUAUCAUAUAUUCUUCAAGUUACUUUUAGUGAUAUUGCCCCUGGACUGGCAGAUCCAUUUAUCUCCUUAUGCUAAUAGAUCCUUGCUAGUUGCUGCAAAUUACGAUGAUAUGAUAUUGCCUUU